AUGGGUGCUGCCUGGGAAGGGUCUCCUCUCGGGCUCCCUGUGGACCUCACCCCUGGCCGGAUACGCUGCAGCAAGCGAGAGGUGGUGCUGACGAGGGGAGCGGAGCGGCUGGCCACCCGGGAAGACGGAAGAAAGCUUUAUGACUUCUUCAGCUCCUUUGAGGGAAUUGGAGGCUUCCAAGACCACUUUGAGUGGUGGGCCAGAAAUCAGUUCUCUUCCCGUGGUGGGAAGCCCCUGUGGAUCGAUCCCCACGAUCCCGGCGUUCACCACAUCUUCAUCGACGACAACAUCCGGCUGGACGAUGCGGACACCAUUGUUCAUCCCCAGAGCCCCCUCGCCUCCGUUGAGGUCUACCACGUAGAUGAGGGCAAGUGGGAGAAGAAGGCGGCGCUGGCUCAGCCCUCCAUGGGCAUCUCGGCCGUGCAGAGAGACGGCGUCGUCUUCAGCCUGGGGGGGCUGCAGCAGCCGGGGCCCCACAACUUCUACUCCCGUCCCCACUUUGUCAACACCGUGGAAAUGUUCGACCCGGCGCAGGGUGCGUGGAGCAAGCCAAGCCGUGCUGUCCGGAUGAGGGAGAAGAGAGCCGACUUCGUGGCUGGCUGCCUGGGAGGAAGAGUGGUGGCUGUGGGUGGCCUUGUGCCCCCCAUGCCCCCCGGCCGCUGCUCCUGCUCCAGCUGCCCGGCGCCCAGCCUGCUCUUCGUCAUCGGCGGGGUGGCCCAGGGCCCCAGCAGCGCCGUCGAGGCUCUGUGCCUGCGCGAGAUGCCCUGA